AUGAAGACUCCGUCCCUCAUCACUUUCGCCACCAUCGCCGUGGCGUCCAUGAACGUUUUGGCUAACGUUAUUCCGACUGCGGUCGUAGCGACCGAUAAAAGAAGUUCACCCGCGGGUGAAUUAUUCCGCCGUCUGAAUGCUGAUGAGAACGAGAUCCUCGACCGCAGACAAGGCAAUUCAACAGGUGCCGCUUCCGACCUACCCUUGCCAGUGCCCGCUCCAGUGUCUCCUCCAGUAAAACGAGGCGAGGAGAAGGGCAAGGACUAUCAGGAUAUCCUCUGGCUCAAUUUCGCCCUAUUCCUUGAAUACUUCGAGAACGCCUUCUACGAACGCGGCCUGUCUAGGUACAACGAAGAAGCGUUUAGGCGGGCUGGAUACCCCGACUGGGUCCGCGGGCGCUACCUCCAGAUCGCCGAACACGAAAGGUACCACAAACUUUUCAUCGAGAGUGCGAUCACGGCUUCAGGAAGCCCACAUGUGGGCCCAUGCCGCUAUGAAUUCUACGACAACGAUGUGCGCGCCUUUGUCGACGCGAGCGCAGCCAUUGAGACGAUUGCGACCGGCGCUUACACCGGUUUGUUGCAAUUCUUCAACAACAGAGCCUAUGUAACUGCCGGAGCGUCCAUUCUCGCUGUAGAGGCGCGCCAGGCAGCCUGGAUCAACUCCGCCGUUCGCAAGCUGAAUCCAUGGAACGCCGCAUUCGAGACACCUCUGACACCCAACGCUGUCCUCACCCUCCUCUCCAACUUCUUCAACUUCGAAAACUGCCCGAAGGAAAAUCACGCCCUCCUUCCACCUGGUGUCCACCCCUACCCGCGCCUCGCCAUCGCGCCCAUCCUCGUUCCUGGCCAACCCGCCGAAAUCUCUUUCCCCUACCCCCAGAUUGGUGGUGGCGAGCGUCUCUACGUCGCGUUCCUCUCCGGCGCCGAGACUAUCUUUGCGCCACUCCAGGAGAAGGAGGAUGGUAAGGACAAGGACAACAAGAAACGGUACUUCGUCGAGAUCCCGCGCGACCUCGCCGGCAGGGGCACUGUAUAUGUCAUUGUUGUUCGUGGGCGGGAGAACAUUGGCGAGGUGAGGCUGGAGGAUGAGUUCAUAGUUGCUGGACCGGGGAUUACGAUGUUCCCUUUCGACGCUUGGGGUAAGCCCAUCAAUGGCUGGUAA